AUACAUUUAUUUCUCCUGCACAUAAUUACGCUUAAGGCCGAGUCCUAAACGCCUGAAGCAGAGAGACGGAGUGCACUCAGUAGGGCGUUAGUGCUGCCCCCUCCCCUUCGCACUGUGUAGGGCGCUGCUGUAGUGAGUGUGAGGUGGUUUGGGAUUGAGCCGCGGGGUGAUAAUGGUGCUGCAUCAGGAUGGCUGCCGCGCUCGGGGUAAAUAAGCAGAGCGGCGCAGCACCGAUGGAGCCGUGUGUCCGCCAUGCCAGAGGAACCGCAGGCUCCACGGUGAAGGUGUUGGAGUGUGGUGUGUGUGAGGACGUCUUCUCUCUGCAGGGUGAUAAGGUUCCUCGGCUCCUGCUGUGUGGUCACACCGUGUGUCACGACUGUUUAACACGUCUCCCUCUUCAUGGCAGAGCCGUACGCUGCCCUUUCGACAGACAGGCCACGGAGCUGAGUGACUCAGGUGUGUGGGGUUUGAAGAAGAACUUUGCUCUGUUGGAGCUGCUCGAGCGGCUGCAAAACGGUGCAUCUAAUCAAUCAGGCAUGUCUGAGGCGCUGAGGAGAUGGAGAGAGUGUUGUGUUCUGCAGUGUAUUAUACGGUGUGAUGAGGACGAGUCUCACACUGCGUCGGUGUACUGUACGGUGUGUGCUACACACUUGUGUGGCGAGUGUUCUCAGCUCACACACUCCACACGCACGCUGGCCAAACACCGCCGUGUCCCGCUGGCUGAUAAACCUCACGAGAAGACGCUGUGCUCUCAGCACCAGGUCCAUGCCAUCGAGUUUGUAUGUCUGGAGGAGGGCUGCCAGCCCGGCCCGCUCAUGUGCUGCGUCUGCAAAGAGUACGGCAAGCACCAGGGACACAAGCAUGCAGUUCUGGAAUCUGAAGCCAAUCAGAUCCGGGCGUCCAUCCUGGACAUGGCGCACUGCAUCCGCACCUUCACUGAGGAAGUGUCUGAGUAUUCCAGGAAGCUGGUGGGCAUCGUGCAGCAGAUAGAAGGAGGAGAACAGAACGUAGAAGAUGGAGUGGGCAUGGCUCAUACAGAACAUGUUCCCGGUACGGCGGAGAACGCUCGGUCAUGUGUGCGCGCAUACUUCGCGGACCUCCACGAGACGCUCUGUCGUCAGGAGGAGAUGGCACUCAGCGUCGUGGAUGCUCACGUCAGGGAGAGACUCAUCUGGCUGCGGCAGCAGCAGGAGGACAUGUCCAUCCUCCUGUCCCAGGUGUCCACCGCCUGCCUCCACUGUGAGAAGACUCUGCAGCAGGAUGACUGCAGGGUGGUUCUGGCAAAGCAGGAGAUCAACAGGUUGCUUGAGACCCUUCAGAAGCAGCAGCAACAGUUUACAGAAAUGGCUGACCACAUUCAGUUGGAUGCAGGCAUCCCUGUAACCUUCACCAAGGAUAACCGCGUCCACAUCGGACCCAAGAUGGAGAUCCGUGUGGUGACACUGGGGCUGGACAGCGCAGGAAAAACCACCAUCCUCUUUAAACUGAAGCAGGACGAGUUCAUGCAGCCCAUCCCCACUAUAGGCUUUAACGUGGAAACCGUGGAGUAUAAAAAUCUCAAGUUCACCAUCUGGGAUGUUGGAGGGAAACACAAACUCAGACCACUGUGGAAGCACUACUAUCUGAACACACAAGCGGUGGUGUUUGUGAUUGAUAGCUGUCACAGAGACAGACUGAUGGAGGCUCACAGUGAACUGGCCAAGCUGCUGACUGAGAAGGAGCUGAGAGACGCUCUACUGCUCAUCUUCGCCAACAAACAGGACGUCCCCGGUGCUGUCUCGGUGGAGGAGAUGACGGAGCUGCUGAGUCUCCAUAAGCUGUGCUGUGGGCGGAGCUGGCACAUUCAGGGCUGCGAUGCCCGCAGUGGUACUGGUCUGCACGAGGGUCUGGACUGGCUCUCACGCCAGCUGGUGGCCGCAGGGGUUCUGGACGUGGCCUAACGGACCCGGGGACGGUACCGCACCCUCCAGCCAGCACAGACUCUCUGUCUCACGCUAAACUCGUGUUUAAUCAUCACUCAGUCUCACUACAACUAACAACCCCAACACCAGGCGGCGCUACACUGAUCUUUAGCUUUUUAGGUUCUGAGUAAUCGUCCCGUGUUCAGAUCUUCAUCAUUACUUCAGAGCGCUGGAGAGGAGAUGAGAGGAUGGUGGUGUGAGGUACCAGCUCUUUUUAUUCUACAGUACACUAAUGAUGACUGUAGAGUUUACUGAGGAAGUGCUGAUCAUGUGACCGCUCUGAUUUCCUCUUCAGUUUUAUAUGGAACAUAAACCUGCUUUCUGAUUGGA